CUCGUCUUGGGCAGCACAGCAUCUUUAUCUCUCUCCUCUCUGUCAGGUGGACAACAGAGAGCGAGAGGGCCAUUUAGGGUGCAUUUUAUGCAAUUAAUACCAUUUGCCCAUUGAGUGGCAUGUGGUAUGCUGUCUGAAGGGUUUCCAGUCUCCACAAGAUUUUACAUAAGGCAUCUUAUAUCUCACACCAUACAUCAAUAUGAUUUUCGGUACAUCACUACUGCAGAAGAUUCUGUAGUAAUUCUUCAGUCUAUUACCAUAGUCAUUACUGUGUUUACAUUAUGCAUUAAGUUUUCAUUUUCUUCAUCUUCCAAAGUUAGAUUCCCUGAUGCAUACUUAAUUAUGUGACUUUUUAUCAGCUGACUUCAUUCUGACUUCAUUUGUUUGUUUUCUCCCCCUGCCCCACUCCUUCUUAGCUGGUUUACAUCCAAAGACAUGCCUCUACUAAAAUGGAUGGUUGUUUUACAUACCAUGAAUAUAUCUUGUGUUGUGUGAAUAUCCAUAGACUUUCAUGCAAUUAAUACUUUUUUCCCCAUUGAGUGGUAUGCUGUCUGAAGGGUUUCCUUUCUCCAAAGGUUUUAGCUAAUAUAUCUUAUAUCUCACACCGUACAGUGAUACAAUUUUUGGUAUAUCGCUAUUGCAGAAGAUUCUCUGGUAAAAAUAUCUUCAGUCUAUUACCUUAGUCAUUAUUGUGUAUACAUUAAGAAUUAAGAUUUCAUUUUCUUCAUCUUCCAAAUUUAGCUUCUCUCAUGUACACUUAAUUAUAUAACUUUUUAUAAGCUGACUUCAUUUGUUUGUUUCUUUUCUCCUCCCCCCCCCCCCCCGCCCCCAUCCUCCUUAGCUGGUUUACAUCCAAAGACAUGCCUCUACUAAAAUGGAUGGUUGUUUUACACACCAUGAAUAUAUCUUGUGGUUGUGUGAAUAUCCAUAGACUUCUCUAAUAGACAUAUAUCAAAGCUGUACAAAGACUUCAAAAGGAGCACUUUGCAGAGCUUAGCGGAUGUAAAGCACUCACCUCAAUAUAUUAAAGUAGGUGUGCCCUUUGGCAGUCCUACAUGGCUGCUUCAAAGGCUGUCCUGUGUGUGCAAGUACAAUCCCACUCCAUUUAUUGCCCCAGCAGAAAUGUCAGUAGUUAGCCACAAUUUCUCUUUUACAUAAUGGUUUUCAUUGGGUAUGUCUACUAUGAACCAGAGUGUGUAUGUCUUUCUCCAUGGCUAAUUCCUCCAUUGUUUUUUAGAUGUUCCACCAUGUGGAUGUUGAUUGCUGUGACAGCUACACAAGGAAUUGUGAGUUCAGAAGAGUUGAACAGCAAAACAAAUUUGAAUCCUGAAACAUUUAUGAAUAUAAGUGAGAGAAUCAGAUAUUGGGGCUAUUGUUGUGAAGAAUACGAGGUCCUUACAGAAGAUGGCUAUUACCUCAGUGUGAACAGAAUUCCAGGAGGCACAAAGUCUGCUAUACUAUUAAUGCAUGAAAUAGGUCUGGAAGGUAGUGUCUGGAUAUCAAAUUUACCCCACCAGAGCCUGGGCUUCAUACUAGCAGAUGCUGGGUAUGAUGUGUGGAUUGGAAAUAGCAGAGGAACUUUCUGGUCAAGAAGACAUGAGAACCUUACAGUUAAUGACCCAGAAUUUUGGAAUUUCAGCUUCCAUGAAGUGGGCAUCUAUGAUCUUACUGCCAUGACAGAGUUUAUUCUGCAGAAGACUGGACAGCAGGAAAUAUAUUAUGCUUGCCAUGCUGCGGGAUGUACAAUAGGUAUGGUUGGAUUUUCCAUCCUCCCACACCUGGCUGAGAAAAUCAAGAUGUUUUUUGCCCUGGGUCCUGCAUAUACAUUCCAUGAAAGCAUAGCUCCCUUACCACAAAUUGGACGUUUGCCAGCAGUAUUAAUCAAGCUCAUAUUUGGGAACAAGGAAUUUUGUCUGCUGAGUCCACCCCUGAGAGCGUUUUUGGCCCAAAAGUGCGGCUGCACACCAGCUGAUGAAGUCUGCAAACUAGUACUUUCUCUGCUUAGUGGAUUUAAUCUGAAAAAUUUAAAUGAGAGCCGGUCGGAUGUCUAUGUCUCCCAUUUCCCAGAUUAUACUUCUGUGAAAAAUGUAAUCCACUGGGCCCAGUUAAUUAAAACUGGGCUUUUCAGAUAUUUUGACUAUGGCUCAAGGAACAUAGAUAUAUAUAACCAGACAAGUCCGCCGUUCUACAGGAUAGAAGCAAUGACUGUGCCAGUUGCUAUGUGGAGUGGAGGACAGGAUUGGGUUGUCCGGCUGAGUGAAACUGCACAGUUACACUCCCGAAUUCCUAAUCUUGUUUAUGACAAGGAGUUGCCUGAUUGGACCCACUGGGACUUUAUUUGGGGCAUUGAUGCUCACCAACAUGCAUACAAUGAACUCCUUGGCUUAAUGGAGAAAUAUCUAUGAAACCACCUGGAAUGAAACUUUCAUUUCUCUUACUGUAUCUGUGGUCAUGCCAGAGAUCCAAGUAGCUGUUGUUCCCUGUGUUUGCCAGCUUCAAAGGUUUGCCACUGACCUGCCUGGAGAAUAGCAAGAUAAUAGAAAGAUUCCCACAAGACAGGAUGAUUCUAGUGGUUAUCCUGUCAUGUUCCACGUUUCAAUGAUCUGUGCACAUCGUAACGUUUCACAUGUCAAACCUUUUUACUGUGUAUAUUCACAUUGCUUCAUGCUGGUCUUUUCCAUUCCUGCCCUCCUCUUUGUUUUCCAACACUGGAAUGUAUGUUUGGGUUUGCAAGCCUGUUCAAGGUUACUUUCCCAGGCCCGUGUAACGGUUGCUAGCACCUGGGAGGGGGUGCUGGCUGUCAUGCAUUCGGGGCGGGACUGGUUUGAACGCAAGGCUUUUAAGUUUGUAUUUGGCGCGCUUUUGCUCAUUCUCAGCUUUCUCUGUAUUUGCAUACUAGUCCUUUAAUAAAUCAGUUAUCUUUAA